CUCAAUCCCGACGUUGUUGCCACGAUUAUGGCUGCGGCCGCGAUCACACAAACUGGCGCCCGCUUCCCUGGCAUCGCCGCUCUCUUCGAGAAACCUUCAAUCUCUUCGAGCAACUCGGUCGAUGCAAGCCGCAAAAAGGACGCCGUCGCCAACAUGUUUUUGUCCAAUGCGGCCACUCGCAACCCGCCCGGCGAUCUGACCAAGGGUUUUGUGGAGAAGCAUCUCGGUAGCAGUUCCAAGACGCUGCGUCUUCAGGACUUCAAGUUGUUGAGGAUCCUCGGGACUGGGACAUUCGCGCGGGUUUGGCUGGUCAGACUCGCGCACCCAAUGCAGGGAGCCGAGGACCGGGUGUUCGCAUUGAAGGUCCUACGAAAAACUGAGGUAAUCAAGCUCAAGCAAGUCGAUCAUGUCAACCACGAACGGGCCAUCCUGGCAGAUGUCGCCGGCUAUCCAUUUAUAACUACAUUAAUUACCACCUUUACGGACUCGGAAUGCCUAUAUAUGCUUCUGGAUUACUGCCCUGGCGGCGAAAUAUUCAGCUACCUGCGACGCCAGCGCCGCUUCCCCGAACACGUCUCACGCUUCUACCUUGCCGAGAUCGUCCUCAUCCUCGAGUUCCUGCACGAGCGCGAGGGCGUCGCCUACCGCGACCUCAAGCCCGAGAACAUCCUCCUCGACGCCGCGGGACACGUCAAGCUCGUCGAUUUCGGCUUCGCGAAGCGCGUGCGCGAUAGGGAAACAUACACACUCUGCGGAACUCCCGAGUACCUCGCUCCCGAAGUCAUCCAGUCCCAGGGCCACUCGACUGCCGUUGACUGGUGGGCCUUCGGCAUCCUGAUGUACGAGUUCAUCACUGGGUAUCCGCCCUUCUGGCACCAGAACCCGAUGGAGAUAUACAAGCAGAUAAUCCAUAAAUCCAUCACCUUCCCACAGCACGACCCGCCCAUCUCGAGCGACGCACAGGAUCUCAUCCUAGCGCUCUGCACAGUCGACCGCUCGCACCGCCUUGGCAACCUCUCCGGCGGCGCCGCAGACGUAAAGUCGCACCCCUUCUUCGCCUCGGUGAACUGGGACGACGUGUACGCGCGCCGCCACGACGGGCCGAUCAUCCCCAAGCUGAGCGGCGCGAGCGACGAUAGCUGCUUCGAGCGGUACAGCGAGGAUGAGGGGCAGGUGGAUAUUUACACGCAGGAGGCGCGGGAGAAGUGGGAUAGUGCGUUUGAGGGGUUCUAAUAGAGGCGCGCGGCGGG